UAUGACCCACAAUCCUUUGUGCAAUGAAUAAGACAUACCCUGGGUCACGUGGUAUUGUCACUGAGGCGGAAAUGAAAGUUCACUGUCGACAGCAGCGAAGCACAGCUGAAAAAGAGCUGUGAGGUCAUGGCAGCUGCCAGUGUGAGCAGACCUGGCGGUGCCCAGACCACUGAAAAGUCUCAGUUGAUCUUGAAAGUGGUUUCAGCGAAGCCCCAGUCUCCCAAGCUGCCAAACCGUCAAUCUCGGCUCAGCUCCUUCGUCGAGGUGACUGCCGACGGCCUGAGCAGUGAAACAAAAAAAACAGGCAAACGCAGUGGACACCUUGAGCUGCAGUGGAAUGAAGACCUCACCCUUAAUGUGACGCCUCAGAGUCGCCUGGAUCUGAAGCUGUGGAGCUGCCACACCUUGAGGAAGGAGCUACUGGGCAGCGCCACCAUAGACCUGCUGGACACCCUGCGCACACAUGAUGGCAAGAUGGAGAAUGUCCAGCUGAGUCUAGUGCUGCAGACGGAGAACAAAGGCUCGGUUGUAGCGGGCGGCGAGCUCAACGUCUGUCUGGACGGCAUGGUUGUUGAUCUGGGCUCGCUGCCCAAUGGCAGCACGGCAGCAGACAAGAUACUGCAGUCAGACAGACCCAACCUGAGGAGGACACAGAGUGAGGAGACACCCAGUACAGCUGGAUCUCAUAGUAACAGGCACUCAGGCUCCCCAGGGUGCUCCAGAGGGGGCUCUCUGACUAACGGGGAGCUGAAUGAGGAGCAGAUCCCUGGGUCGUGCUCGUCUGGUCGCCGUCGGUCCUCCAAGAGCCACAGCAGCCCUGGAAGCAGCGCAGACAAAGUUGAGUUGACGUCUAACGGGCUGGAGAAUAGUCGUGGGGGCGUGGCCCGUCACACGCCGCCUCCAUCCUCUCCGUCAGGCAGAUCCCCAGCCGCCAGCAGCAGCAGCAGUAGCCCCUCUCCAGGUCAGGACGCCCUGGGUCUGACCACUCCAUCGGAGCCCGGCCCUAACGCCACCUCCAGCACCGAACAGGCUAGCAACAGCACCACAGAGUCCACUACAGACUCGCUCCCGGAAGGCUGGGAGCAGAGGGUGUUGCCUCAUGGCAGAGUGUACUAUGUCGACCACAACACCAAAACCACAACCUGGGAGAGACCACUGCCGCCAGGCUGGGAGAAGCGAGUGGACCAACGGGGCAGGUACUACUACGUGGACCACAACACCAGAACCACCACAUGGCAGAGGCCCACGGCCGAGUCCGUACGCAACUACCAGCAGUGGCAAAGCCAGCGCAGCCAGCUGCAGGGCGCCAUGCACCAGUUCAGCCAGCGCUUCCUCUACCAGCCGUCUGGUGCUCCGGUGGAAAAUGAUCCUCUGGGCCCGCUCCCUCCUGGAUGGGAGAAGCGUCAGGACAAUGGCAGAGUGUACUUUGUCAACCACAACACACGAACAACACAGUGGGACGAUCCUCGGACCCAAGGGAUGAUCAAGGAGCACCCCCUGCCCCCGGGCUGGGAGAUGAAGUACACCGCUGAGGGAGUCCGAUAUUUUGUGGACCACAACUCACGCACCACCACCUUUAAAGACCCCCGACCCGGGUUUGAGUCAGGGUCACGGCAGGGUGGUUCACCCGGUGCUUACGACCGCAGCUUCAGGUGGAAAUACCACCAGUUCCGUUUCCUGUGCCAUUCCAAUGCCUUGCCCAGCCAUGUAAAGAUCUCGGUGUCCAGACAGACACUGUUUGAGGACUCGUUUCAGCAGAUCAUGAAUGUGAAGCCAUAUGACCUUCGCCGCAGACUCUACAUCAUUAUGAGAGGAGAGGAGGGGCUGGACUACGGCGGCAUCGCCAGGGAGUGGUUCUUCCUGCUGUCCCACGAGGUGCUGAACCCCAUGUACUGUCUGUUUGAAUACGCCGGCAAGAACAACUACUGUCUGCAGAUCAACCCGGCCUCCUCCAUCAACCCUGACCACCUCACAUACUUCCGCUUCAUUGGACGCUUCAUCGCCAUGGCUUUGUACCAUGGGAAGUUCAUCGACACCGGCUUUACGCUGCCAUUCUACAAGCGAAUGCUGGACAAGAAACCCACCCUUAAAGAUCUGGAGUCCAUAGAUCCUGAGUUUUAUAACUCCAUCAUGUGGGUCAAAGAGAACAACCUGGAGGAGUGUGGCGUGGAGCUGUAUUUUGCACAGGACAUGGAGAUCCUCGGGAAGGUUUCCACUCACCAGCUGAAAGAUGAUGGAGAGAACGAGCUGGUCACCGAGGAAAACAAGGAAGAGUACAUCAGCCUGUUGACAGACUGGAGGUUCACCCGUGGGGUGGAGGAGCAGACCAAAGCCUUCCUGGACGGCUUCAACGAAGUGGUACCUCUGGAGUGGCUUCGCUACUUUGACGAAAAGGAGCUGGAGCUGAUGCUGUGUGGGAUGCAGGAGAUCGAUUUGGCCGACUGGCAGAAGAACACCAUCUAUAGACAUUACACCAAGAACAGCAAGCAGAUCCACUGGUUCUGGCAGGUGGUGAAAGAGAUGGACAACGAGAAGAGAAUCCGUCUUCUUCAGUUUGUAACAGGAACCUGUCGGCUGCCUGUCGGAGGCUUCGCUGAGCUCAUAGGAAGUAAUGGUCCCCAGAAGUUCUGCAUAGACAAGGUGGGGAAGGAGACUUGGCUUCCAAGAAGCCACACAUGCUUCAAUCGUCUGGAUCUGCCGCCCUACAGAAGCCUGGAGCAGCUCCGAGAGAAACUCCUGUUCGCCAUCGAGGAGACAGAGGGAUUCGGUCAGGAGUGACAGGGGAAAAGGACACAAGACCGCUAAAGGAGAACAGUUGAUUCAGUCGGAUAGUUUUUUGUUAUUAAUAUUAUUAUUUUGCAUUUGUUAAUCACAUGGCUGAGAAAUCACCUGUCAUCUAUAGCCCCAGACCUGGGGGAGAAUCAUGUUUGUGAACUGAAUCAUGGGAUAAAGUUUGAUCUAGGCGAUGGAGACACAAGAACAUAGAAGAAGAGUGUGUAUGCUUACUUGUGUGUAUGUUUGUGUGGUUGCUCACAUAAAUGCCAUUGUGUAUAUACAUAUAUAUUGUGUGUAUGUCUAUGUGGGUUGGACAGGAUGGCACAUACAGAGAAUUAUAUUUGACUAGAGUCUCACCCCCCUCACAUACACCUCUACUCACUGCUUAGAAACGCACCAAACCCAGACAACAGGAUAGUUUUAAUGUCGUCGGUGUCUCACGACAACAGCACAGCUACGCGCAAAUGCAGUAUAACAUAUCUAACAGAGAAAUACAUUUUUUAAUAUUUUAAAGUGACGAGAGAGAGAGAGACAGAGAGUGUGGGAGAAAGAGAGGCAGUGUAUGAGUGCAUGUGUGUGUCUGUAUACGAGAGCUGUUCAUGAACUAGUGUGCCUCUUUUACAAAGGCUAGAGAGAUGAGAUGUGAUUUUAGUUUUUAUUUUUCUGUUUGUUGUGAAAUUCAGCAUUUUCCUCCUGUACAUAACUAAAAUAAAUGAGAUUUCAAUCUUGA